AUGGACGACAACGACGAUGGGCUCAUGCUCAACUUUGCACCUGCAGCAGCAUCGCCAGCAGGUGCAGCAAAGCGUCCCAAGCAGACCGCCAAGGCACGCUUCGCGCAAAAGAGGACCGCACAGCAGCUCAGGAGGAGCGAGGCAAAGCAGAUCGCGACGACACCCAAUGGGAAUGCCACUCCAGCACCAGCUGCACCGUCCUCUUCUCGUACCGUGGCCCAGAAGCAGAGGGUAGAGCCACAGACUGCAAGCGCUCCUGCUGCUCCUGCUCCCAUCCUCCCACGCUUCGAUCCUCGCUCGGCGCCUUCUACAAGCAAAGCGGCAACGUCUGCAGCGGCUUCGUCGCGCAAGGUCAAGCCAUCGGCACCCGCUCAGGUACAAUCAGCUCCGAGCGCAGGACCGUCAUCUUCGAACCCCAAAUCGGCCAGCGGCGGUGUCGUCAGUGCGCUCUUCCCCGCACACGGAGUCAUCGAGGAUCCCAACACGGCCCUCCUGCCCUUCCAACGCAAAGCAUACGACCCCACCAACGCACCCUCGGCCGCGUCCAACUUCGCCGAGCUCGGCCUCGACCCCUUGCUUGUGUACCACCUGGCGUCCAAGAUGAAGAUCGGCUCCAAUCCCACCUCGAUCCAGCAGGCAGCGCUUCCGCAUCUCCUCCACCCGGGUCUCGACCGCGACAUCCUCAUCCAGGCUCAGACCGGUUCGGGAAAGACGCUCACCUACCUCCUUCCCAUCGUCCAGAGCCUCUUGCCCCUCUGCGAGGAGUCCUUCAUCGACAGAUCCGUCGGCACGCUCGCCAUCAUCCUCGCUCCCACCCGCGAACUCGCCAGGCAGAUCUACGAGGUGCUCGAAAAGCUCGUCUCGCUCGCACUCAGUCUCAAGGAGCAGAAGCAGGAUGAUGACGGUGCAGUGCGACGCACGCGCUGGCUCGUGCCCGGCUUGCUCUCAGGUGGCUCCACCAAGAACCACGAGAAGCAGCGACUGCGAAAGGGCUGUCCGAUCCUCGUCUCCACCCCAGGAAGGCUGCUCGACCAUCUGCAGAACACGUCGAGCUUCGACGUGGGCAAGUGCAGAUGGCUCGUGCUCGACGAGGCCGAUCGCCUGCUCGAGAUGGGCUUCGAGGAGCAGCUCACCGGAAUCGUCCGAGCUCUCGACGGCCGCCGUAACCUCGCAUGCACCGCCGCGCGUCACGCCAUGCCCGGCUUCGAAGAGGCCACCGCCCCCGGAGAUGCGGACUGGAUUGCCGACUCGGAUGUCAUGGACACAUUGGGUAUGACGUGGUGGGCGCAUCCGAGGCGCGUCGUGCUCUGCUCGGCCACACUCGACGAGAAUGUUCAGGUGCUGGCGGGCAAGACGCUCAUCAACCCCAAGAUCGUCCGUGGAAUCAAAGACGAUGCAGAGCCCACCAACGAUGCCGCCGAUUCUGCAUCGCCCGAUGCUGCAGCAGACCAGGCGAGCAAGGCGGACAAGGAGCCAAAGAAGUUCGCAGCGCCCGCGCAGCUCGCGCAGAGCUUCGUGGCGACGCCUCCCAAGCUCAGGCUGGUGACGCUUCUCUCCCUGCUGCGUGCGUACAUUUCGCGCGCACGUCGUCAGUCCGAAAACGCCGACCCGGCCCUGCGACAGGCAGGCGCUGGCCGAGUCAUCGUAUUCAUGAGCUGUACCGACUCGGUCGACUUCCACUACGCCGCUCUGGGCGGUGCCAAGAUGAACGCCGACGAAAACGCGCCCGAUGCCAACGUCGAGGUGGAGGACGAGCAGCUGCCGGCGCAUACCAACUCGGAACUCAUCCCGGGCGUACCCAUUUUCCGACUGCACGGUUCGAUGAGCCAGCAGGAGCGUAUUGCGAGUCUGCGCGGCUUUUCGGGCAAGAAGAACGCCAAGGAUGCAGCGCCGGUCGGCUUCCAGGGCAGCAUUCUGCUGUGUACGAGUGUGGCUAGUCGAGGUCUCGACUUGCCGGAUGUGGGGUGUGUGAUUCAACUCGACCCGCCCACGGAGGGGGGUAUCGAGGAGUAUCUGCAUCGCGUUGGUCGUACCGCACGUGUGGGACGACCCGGUGAGAGCUGGCUUAUGGUUCUACCGCAAGAGCUUGGAUGGGUGGACAACGUGCUGGAAGCCAAUAUGACGAUUCAAGCCACUGUGGGUGACGAUGCAGUGGUGGAGUCUAAGAAUCAGGGUCAGGUCAAGAAGAUCAGUCCUGCUUCGAUCGAGGUAGUCUUGCAGCAAGGGUUUGGAGGAGCGUCGGGGACGUUGGAGUACCAGUCUCGUGCCACUGGGGUGCAACUAGCCUUUGAGCGAUGGGUGAUUUCGGGCGAGGGGCCGAGUUUGUUUGCACGCAAGGCGUUUCUCUCGCACGUUCGGGCGUAUGCCACGCACUCUGCCGACGAAAAGCAAUACUUCAACGUGCGCGCUCUUCAUCUCGGUCACCUUGCCAAGGCGUUUGCCCUCCGCGAGGCGCCUCGCUCUCUCGGAGCCAAAAGCGCCUCCCUCGCAACAGCCUCAACCAAGUUCGAAGCAAAGACCGUUUCAACGGGAGACAAACGCGCACGAUCCGAUUCAGACUCGGAUUCAGAUUCGGAUGAUGAAGAUGGGGGAUCGGAUUACGAGACGCGCGCCAAGCGCAACAAGACCGACGGCUUCGAACUCGACAAGGCUGCACUGGCCAAGCUUACGGAAAGCAUCGUUGCAAAUGCCGAUGGAUCGAACAGGAGCAAGAAGUUGGCCAGGGAGGCAGCUAGGGCCGCAGCUGCCGCGGGUAUCGCGGGUGAUAAGGCCAAACAGACAGAUGCAGAGGCUAGGAUGUACGCCAAGGUCAGAGCUCUCGGCAAGAUGAGCAAGAAAUACGGCGUGCUCGGCGCACACGGCGCCGACGAGUUCCAAAUCGCCUAG